CUGCCACCAGCCCGCUCACUGCGGUCUUCAGCCUUUCCCGCAGUCUGCUGGCUGCUGCCCUGCUCUACGGCUUCUGCCUGGGUGCCAUCAAGACUCCUUGGCCAGAGCAGCACGUCCCUGUCCUCUUCUCCGUCUUCUGUGGCCUCUUGGUGGCACUGUCCUACCACCUGAGCCGGCAGAGCAGUGACCCCACCGUGCUCUGGUCUCUGAUCCGGAGCAAGGUUUUCCCUGAGCUGGAGGAACGGAGCUUGGAGACAGCCCGUGCCGAGCCCCCAGACCCACUGCCAGACAAGAUGCGCCAGUCAGUGCGUGAAGUCCUGCACUCUGACCUGGUGAUGUGUGUGGUCAUUGCCGUGCUCACCUUUGCCAUCAGCGCCAGCACCGUCUUCAUUGCCCUGAAGUCGGUGCUGGGUUUUGUGUUGUAUGCUCUAGCUGGGGCCGUGGGCUUCUUCACACAUUACUUGCUGCCACAACUCCGCAAGCAGCUGCCAUGGUUCUGCCUGUCACAGCCUGUGCUGAAGCCACUGGAGUAUAGCCAAUACGAAGUGCGUGGUGCCGCCCAGGUGAUGUGGUUUGAGAAGCUGUACGCGGGCCUGCAGUGCGUGGAGAAGUACCUCAUCUACCCUGCUGUGGUGCUCAACGCCCUCACAGUGGAUGCCUAUGCUGUCGUCAGCCACCCGGACAAGUUCUGUCUCUACUGCCGGGCGCUGCUGAUGACUGUGGCUGGGCUGAAGUUGCUGCGCUCGGCUUUCUGCUGCCCACCCCAGCAGUACCUGACCUUGGCCUUCACCGUCCUGCUCUUCCACUUCGACUACCCGCGCCUCUCCCAGGGCUUUCUGCUCGACUACUUCCUCAUGUCCCUGCUCUGCAGCAAGCUGUGGGACCUGCUGUAUAAGCUGCGUUUUGUGCUGACCUACAUCGCACCCUGGCAGAUCACCUGGGGCUCGGCUUUCCACGCCUUUGCCCAGCCCUUUGCUGUGCCCCACUCGGCCAUGCUGUUCGUUCAGGCCCUGCUCUCGGCGCUCUUCUCCACGCCACUCAACCCCCUGCUGGGCAGCGCGGUCUUCAUCAUGUCCUACGCGCGGCCCCUCAAGUUCUGGGAGCGCGACUACAACACUAAACGUGUGGAUCAUUCCAACACCCGCUUGGUCACACAGCUGGACCGGAAUCCUGGCGCUGACGACAACAACCUCAACUCUAUCUUCUACGAGCACUUGACUCGCUCGCUGCAGCACACGCUGUGUGGGGACCUGGUGCUUGGCCGCUGGGGCAACUACAGCCCUGGCGACUGCUUUGUGCUGGCCUCCGACUACCUCAACGCCCUGGUGCACCUCAUUGAGGUCGGCAAUGGCCUUGUCACCUUCCAGCUGCGUGGCCUGGAGUUCCGGGGUACAUACUGCCAGCAGCGUGAGGUGGAGGCCAUCACAGAGGGCGUGGAGGAGGACGAGGGCUGCUGCUGCUGCGAGCCUGGCCACCUGCCAAGGGUCCUAUCCUUCAAUGCUGCCUUCGGGCAGCGCUGGCUGGCCUGGGAAGUGACGGCCAGCAAGUACGUGCUGGAGGGCUACAGCAUCAGUGACAACAAUGCCGCCUCCAUGCUACAGGUCUUUGACCUCCGCAAGAUCCUCAUCACCUACUACGUCAAGAGCAUCAUCUACUAUGUGAGCCGCUCACCAAAGCUGGAGGCCUGGCUCAGCCAUGAGGGAAUCACGACGGCCCUGCGUCCUGUGCGGGCACCUGGCUAUGCUGACUCAGACCCCACCUUCUCGCUGAGCGUGGAUGAGGACUAUGACCUUCGCCUCUCUGGCCUCUCGCUGCCCUCCUUCUGCGCGGUACACCUUGAGUGGAUCCAGUACUGUGCCUCCCGGCGCGGCCAGCCUGUGGACCAGGAUUGGAACUCGCCGCUGGUCACACUGUGUUUCGGCCUGUGUGUGCUGGGCCGCCGGGCCCUGGGGACAGCCUCGCACAGCAUGUCUGCCAGCCUGGAGCCCUUCCUCUACGGUCUGCAUGCCCUAUUUAAGGGAGACUUCCGUAUUACCUCCCCACGAGAUGAGUGGGUCUUUGCCGACAUGGACCUGCUUCACCGCGUGGUGGCACCUGGGGUUCGCAUGGCCCUAAAGCUUCACCAAGACCACUUCACGUCCCCAGAUGAGUAUGAGGAGCCGGCUGCCCUUUAUGAUGCCAUUGCAGCCAACGAGGAGCGCCUGGUCAUCUCCCAUGAGGGCGACCCAGCCUGGCGCAGCGCCAUCCUCAGCAACACGCCUUCACUGCUGGCAUUGCGCCAUGUCCUGGACGACGCCUCGGACGAGUACAAGAUCAUCAUGCUCAACCGGCGCCACCUCAGCUUUCGUGUCAUCAAGGUGAACCGGGAAUGCGUGCGCGGCCUGUGGGCUGGGCAACAGCAGGAGCUGGUGUUCCUGCGCAACCGCAACCCCGAGCGAGGCAGCAUCCAGAAUGCCAAGCAGGCGCUCCGCAACAUGAUCAACUCCUCCUGCGACCAGCCGCUGGGCUACCCCAUCUACGUGUCGCCCCUCACCACCUCGCUGGCUGGCAGCCACCCCCAGCUGCGGGCGCUGUGGGGUGGCCCUGUCAGCCUGGGUGCCAUCGCCCGCUGGCUCCUGCAUAGCUGGGAGAGGCUUCACAAGGGCUGUGGUGCCGGCUGCAAUAGCGGCGGGAACGUGGAUGACUCUGACUGUGGUGGAGGCGGUGGCUUGACCUCUCUCAGCAAUAACCCCCCCUUGGCACAGCCCACACCUGAGAACACAGCAGGCGGUGGUGACCAGCCUCUCCCACCAGGCCCGGGCUGGGGCCCACGGCCCUCCCUGAGUGGCUCUGGUGAUGGGCGCCCCCCUCCUCUGCUGCAGUGGCCGCCCCCUCGGCUCCCUGGACCAUCUCCUGCUUCGCCUGCCCCCACUGAGGGUCCCCGGCCCUCAAGGCCCCCUGGCCCUGGUCUCCUUAGUUCUGAGGGUCCCAGUGGGAAGUGGACCCUGGGGGUUCGGAAGGGGCUGGGGGGAUCCGAGGGGGAGCCAGCCUCAGGGAGCCCUAAAGGAAGCACCCCCAAAUCUCAGGCACCCCUUGACCUCAGCCUCAGCCCAGAUAUCAGCACCAAUGCCUCGCCCCCCAGAGCAGCGCAGGACAUUUCUUGUUUGGACAGCAGUGCUCCUGAGAGUGGCACGCCGACUGGGGCUCCUGGCGACUGGCCUGUCCCUGCUGAGGAGCGAGAGAGCCCAGCUGCCCAGCCCCUGCUGGAGCAUCAGUACUGAGUGGCCUGGUGCCCUCUGGGUCCCAGCCCAAGAUUCAGUAACUUGGACCCUUGGCCUUUGGCCCUUUCUGCUGGACCACAGAACUGAGUGGCUUUGGCUCCCACAUGUGAACCCUGACCUCUGGCUGUGUUAGCCAGAGCACCAGAACUGAGUAGCCCAGACCUCUGACCUUGACCCCUGAUCUCUCAUCCCUAAUCCAAGGCCUGGGCUCCCCAAACUGAGGAAGGCAGCCUCCUAGCCAGGCCCUGAGAGCCAAACCCAUGGGCUGGUCCCACUUCAAGCCCAUGGCCAAGAUUGACUUGGCCCCUCGGCCUACACUGCCUGCAGGGGCAGCCCCUUGGCCUGGACUUGGGGCUGAAAUGUGGGAAGGGGGGGGUUGUUUUUUUUUUUUUCUUUUUUCUUUUUUUUUUUCGUGCUUCGGAGACACCAGAAUUAAUAACACUAUUUUUGAUUUUG